AUGGGAGCGGAAACGACGCCCGAACAGCGUGUUAGCGAGGAUUUGAUGCAGGCGGUGACGUGUCUGAAGCGUGUGAUGAACGGAAUGAAGCACGGAAACGAGGUGCCAGAAGAGGAGAAGCAACAGAAUCCCACCGACGUCAUCUGCACACUGGAGAAGCUCACCGGCGCCCUAGAGAGAUGUAUGGAGAAUAAUAAGACGUUAAACGAUGUGCUCAGCGGGAAAAUGAAAUGUACAACAUGUGGCUCAACAUCUGUCGGUUUUCUUGCCGAUUGUCACGACAGUGCCACGUCAACAACCACAACAACGUCACAUCGAUCAUCCGAAGAGCCAAUGCCACGUCGAAAGAAUUCAGAAGACAUGGAUGACGUCGACGACGGUUGCUCAUCGUUAGGCUCCAGAAGUAUCAGAUCGGUGUCGAGUCAGGAGGACGAUGAGACGACGUUGGUAGCGGAUAUGAUCAAAGAGGGCGGAGCUUCGAAAACUGUGGAGGAAGAAGAAGAGGAGCAUGAUUUGGUGAUGAAAACGAUUCUAUCAACGACGACAUCCACGUCAUCGACGACAGAGAUUCAGAAAGAAGACGUGCGGAAAGACGCGGAAAUUCCGAUGACAACCGAUUGCAAUAACACGGCACUUUUCGAUCAAUUCCUUCAGAAUUCGCUAUUAGGACUUCCGGAUAUGAAGGCGAUGAUUGAUAUGCCGCCCACGGUUUCCGAUGAAAAUAAUGAGGAUGAGAAUCAGGAAUCGAACGCAUUGCUCAGCAACUUUUUCCAGAUCCUCUUCGCCAAUAAUCAAAACAGUGUGGCUGGAAUGGAAGGAGGAUCGAGUGAAACGGAUUCCACGUCAUCCCAACCGUCUCCACCGGCUGAUCUUUCACAAAUGGACCCGUCACAAUUCGAUACGUUAGCAAUGUUGGAAUCUCUAAUGGCCGAAUCCUUGAAUCCCGCAGAUGCCACGACAUCAGCUGAAAAUAAGGCGAAAAAGCGAAAAAACACACCAAUCAAGGUGCCGAAAUCUGAAAAUGGCGGAUACGUGUGUCCGAUGGAAGGAUGUAAUAAGAUAUUCAAAGAGAAAGGAUCCGUUCAUCGUCAUUUCGUCACGCACAUCGGAAUGCGAUUCAAUUGCGACAAAUGCAAGGCUUCGUACACUCAAAAGCACGCCCUGAUGCUUCAUCAGAAGAUCCACCUGAAUCCGGACGCCUAUCAGUGCCGCGGAUGUGGUACCAACUAUACCACACAAAAUGGACUCAGAUUGCAUAGACAGAGAAAUCCGGCAUGCAUGGAGCACAACACCAGCGCCACGAUGUCCGACUUCAACUCAUCGCUAAACGACGUUCUGUCGCUCGCCACAGCACAGUCGACACCAACGAAACAGAUGGUCAUGGCAGCUCCAUAA